AAAUCAAUUCAGCUACAACGAAGACAGACCGCCUGAAGUAGAUGGAAAAUUAUUGGAUCAACAUGACCAUUUCUACGACGAUACAAAGGUUCUACUGAUCCUCUUUCAGAUAAUGGGCGUAAUGCCGAUUCAACGUGGAAUAGGUAACGAACGGUCUAUUUUAAAUGGAAACGAUACAAUGUACAUCGUAAAUUUGAUCGAUGAAAACCGCAGGGACAACUACUUUUGAAUGGACUUCAUCUGCAACCAUCUACGCGAUGUGCCUUUGGAUAGCAGAGACGGUAAUCGUCAUUCUCGUGGGUAGGGAACGUAUCGAAAAUACCCUUCAACCCAAUAAACCUUUCGACGAAUAUAUCUACAACAUAAUUUUCCUCUGCAUAUUAACUCCUCAUUUUUUGCUACCGAUCGCAUCUUGGAGAUACGGUAGCGAGGUCGCAAAAUAUAAGAAUAUGUGGACACAUUAUCAGCUGAGAUAUUAUCGGGUGACGGGAUCGGUCUUGGAAUAUCCAAGUUUACGAAGGAUGUGUAUAGCUCUUUGCAUCGUCUCCUGGUUAAUAUCCAUCACGGUCGUAGUUUCACAAUUUUAUCUGCAACCUGGUUUUACAAUGUGGCAUACCUCGGCUUAUUACCAUAUCAUUGCAAUGUUGGAUUGCCUCUGUGCUUUAUGGUGGAUAAAUUGUACAGCGAUUGGUUCCGCUUCAAAGGGUCUCGCUUUAAACCUCCACAAGGCUUUGGAAAAUACCGAAUCAGCCGAAUUACUCGUGGAAUAUCGAUCCCUUUGGCUGGACCUCAGUCACAUGAUGCAACAGCUUGCCAAAGCUUACGCGAAUAUGUACGGAAUAUACUGCCUGAUUAUGUUUGUAACUACGAUAAUCGCCGGCUAUGGAGCUUUUUCUGAGAUCCUUGAUCACGGUUUCAGCCUCAAGGAACUUGGUCUUUUUGUAAUCGUCGUUUAUUGUACCGGUUUAUUGUACAUUAUUUGCAACGAGGCUGAUCAUGCCACUCGAAAAGUCGGUCUGGAAUUCCAGGAACGUUUGCUCAAUGUAAAUCUCGCUGCUGUAGACAACCAAACUAAAAAAGAGGUCGAAAUAUUCCUUGCCUCGAUCGCCAAUAAUCCUCCGGUUUACAGUUUGAACGGAUACGCAGUAAUAAAUAGAGCGUUGCUCUCCACGAAUCUAGCAACCAUGGCUACUUACUGGGUUGUACUUAUGCAGUUUAAAUUAUCACUGAUUCGUAAAGGUGUGCAAAAUCCCUCAGGUAAUAUGACCGGGACUUUGAUUGUUCCGUGAUUGAGUUUUUACAAGUUGCAAGAAUAUUUUACUAACAAGGAAAUGAAAUAAAACAGUUAGAAAAGUGAUAUAUAA